GGGAAAAAAAGAGACAGGGGAGGGGCUGGGAGAGGGAGGAAAGGGGGGGGGGAGGGAGGAGGAACAAGAGGAAGAAGAAGGGAGGCGCGGCCAGCUCGCUUGUACCAGUCGGGUGGCAGCGGGGACCUGGAGACGUCCGAGGCUCCACCAAAGACCGGGGCGGCAGCCCCCACCCCCGCGCUGCUGACGCGCCCCAGUCCCUUCCGGCUCACACCCCCGCCCCCAGUCCUGCUUGGUGCCUGCGGUGCAGCGGUGGCUGAAGCGGCAGAGCCAGGAGAGCAGGUCUACACUGCUGCUUCCUUGGACUCUGAGUCACCAAAAUGCCCAUCCUGGAAAAAGAUCCUCAUAAGAUGGCAGCAAAGCCCCCAAGCAAUGAGGAGGAGUCUGCACUGCCCAAGCUGCCGGUGCCCCCCCUGCAGCAGACCCUGGCCACUUACCUGCAGUGCAUGCAGCACCUGGUCCCUGAGGAGCAGUUUCAGAAGACUCAAGCCAUUGUGCAGAGGUUUGGGUCCCCUGGAAGCCUCGGUGAGACCCUGCAAAAAAAACUCUUGGAGCGGCAGGAGAAGACAGCCAACUGGGUGUCUGAGUACUGGCUGAAUGACAUGUAUCUCACCAACCGCCUGGCCCUGCCUGUCAAUUCCAGCCCAGCUGUGAUCUUUGCUCGGCAGCACUUCCAAGAUACCAACGACCAGCUAAGGUUUGCAGCCAGCCUCAUCUCUGGUGUGCUCAGCUACAAGGCCCUGCUGGACAGCCACUCCAUCCCCAUGGACUGUGCCAAGGGCCAACUGUCAGGGCAGCCCCUGUGCAUGAAGCAGUACUACGGGCUGUUUUCUUCUUACCGGCUUCCUGGCCACACCCAGGACACACUGGUGGCCCAGAAAAGCAGCAUCAUGCCUGAGCCCGAGCACGUCAUUGUGGCCUGCUGCAACCAGUUCUUUGUCUUGGAUGUUGUCAUUAAUUUCCGCCGUCUCAGUGAGGGGGAUCUGUUCACUCAGUUGAGAAAGAUAGUCAAAAUGGCUUCCAACGAGGACGAGCGCUUGCCUCCAAUCGGCCUGCUGACAUCAGACGGGAGGAACGAGUGGGCAGAGGCCAGGACAGUCCUUGUGAAAGACUCCACCAACCGGGACUCGCUGGACAUGAUCGAGCGCUGCAUCUGCCUCGUGUGCCUGGAUGCCCCGGGAGGUGUGGAGCUCAGCGACACCAACAGGGCGCUCCAGCUCCUUCACGGUGGAGGCUGCAGCAAGAACGGGGCAAACCGCUGGUACGACAAGUCCCUUCAGUUUGUGGUGGGCCGAGACGGCACCUGUGGUGUGGUGUGUGAGCACUCUCCAUUCGAUGGCAUCGUCCUGGUGCAGUGCACGGAGCACCUGCUCAAGCACAUGAUGAACAGCAGCAAGAAGCUGAUCCGAGCAGACUCCGUCAGUGAGCUCCCUGCACCCCGGAGGCUGAGGUGGAAAUGCUCCCCGGAAAUUCAAGGCCACUUAGCCUCCUCAGCAGAAAAACUUCAACAAAUAGUAAAGAAUCUCGACUUCACUGUUUAUAAAUUUGACAGCUAUGGGAAAACAUUCAUUAAGCAGCAGAAAUGCAGCCCUGAUGCCUUCAUCCAGGUGGCCCUGCAGCUGGCCUUCUACAGGAUCCACCGAAAACUGGUGCCCACCUACGAGAGUGCGUCCAUUCGCCGAUUCCAGGAGGGACGAGUGGACAACAUUCGAUCGGCCACUCCAGAGGCACUGACCUUUGUGAAGGCCAUGACUGACCACAAGGCCGCCGUGCCAGCUUCGGACAGGCUGCUGCUUCUGAAGGAUGCCAUCCGGUCCCAGACCGAGUACACAGUGAUGGCCAUAACAGGGAUGGCCAUCGACAACCACCUGCUGGCACUGCGGGAGCUGGCCCGGGACCUGUGCAAGGAGCUGCCUGAGAUGUUCACAGAUGAAACGUACCUGAUGAGCAACCGGUUUGUCCUCUCCACCAGCCAGGUCCCCACAACCAUGGAGAUGUUUUGUUGCUACGGUCCUGUGGUCCCCAAUGGGUAUGGUGCCUGCUACAACCCCCAGCCAGAGACCAUCCUCUUCUGCAUCUCCAGUUUUCACAGCUGCAAAGAAACCUCUUCCACCAAGUUUGCAAAAGCUGUGCAAGAGAGCCUCGUAGACAUGCGAGACCUCUGCAGUCUGCCACAGCCUGCUCAGGGCAAGCCGCUGGCAACGAAGGAAAAAGCCGUGAGGCCCAGCCAGGGGCACUGA